GUACGGUCCAAGGGUGACAGCCAGUUCACUGAGCUUUGCCACCGUCUUAGAGUAGGAGACCAUACUGCUGAUGACAUUAAGUUGCUCUCCAGUUGAAUUGUAGACAAGCAACCGGCACCUGCUGACAUUAUGGAUUCUAUGGUGAUAUAUCCUACCAAUAGACAAUGUGCCACUCACAAUCAAGAGUGCGUUCGUGAAUUAAGUAAAACAACAAAUAUCACCAAUAUUGUCGCUAGUGAUAGAUUUUCUAAUGAAACUUUUAACACAACAACUCCCUCUACAGGUGGAAUUGUUUAUGAGAAAAUGUCUAAAAAAGCACAGGAUUAUACCAGUGACGAUGUUAACAAAACGGCAGGCUUGCCAUCCUCAUUAAGUGUGGGAACUGGGGCUAGGGUUAUGGUGCGAGUUAACAUAGAUACUCUUGAUAAAAUAGUCAACGGUGUUACCGGCACAGUCCACAGCAUUGAUUUAAAACCGGGCAAGAUGAUAGAAGCAGGUACCCUUAUUGCUAGAGAUGUUAGACAGAUAAACAUUGUGUUCGAUGAUGUAAAUGUAGGUAGAUCGAUCAAACAUCGUUGUGACAAGUACUGCUCCAAGACAUGCACGAAGACCGGCACUGUCCCAAUUAAACCUGUCGAAAAAGAAUUUCUGUCAAAGAAAAACAACAAGACUUGGCUCAAGCGUUACCAAGUUCCGUUAGUCCUCUCCUGGGCGUGUACUGUACACAAGGUUCAGGGUUUAACGUUGAGUAAGGCUUUCAUAUUCCUUGCUGCAGCUUCUAAAGGUCAUUCAUGGCAGUCCGGUAUGGCAUAUACUGCAAGUUCUAGGCUUACGUCUCUUUCCGGUCUUCAUUUCAUUUCCUUUGAUCAUAAGCAGAUUCGGACGUCUCAAAAAGUAGUUGCUGAAUACAGUCGGUUGCGAAGUGUUCCUCCGGUUACUUUACAUCCUCAGCAAGACUCUAAGGCUACAUCUUCCCAGGAAAUUAUCACCAGUCCAAUUCCAUUUUCUCCGAUCAGCCUUCCCUGUUCUCCAUUUUCACCCCGCAUGAAACCUUCACUGAUAGUGCUUGAUGAGUUAGGCCGUCCACAUUCCCCACCCAGCCCUUUUGAUGACUCCCCAGUACCUUCUCGGACAUUGAAGCGGACCGUUCCUUUCUCUCCAUUAUCAGAUUCAACUUGUAAACAGUUCCGAGGCGACAAACUGUACUCUCCACUGCCAAGCUCGUUCUCCAAUUUGACUUCCAAAUUGAAACGCUCCAUCCCACGUUCUCCUUCAACAUUCGUCAGUCCUACCGUGAGAAAACAUAAGAAAAUCAAUCAUUCUCAGAUAGUAGGCGAUAGUCCAGUUGCACCUCCAUUACAUCGUCAGACCAUACAUGAUGAAUUCAUCCCGUCUUCCUAA